GCGGUGUUCGUGCAGGAGACUGACCGGCUCCAGCGCUCUCUCACUCGGAUGGGAUAAGCGAGCAUCUCCGCGGAUAUUGUACCUGUUAUGUGGUGUGCUUGAGUGCUGUAUUGUUCAUAUCUCUGUGUGCAGCUGGCUCUCUGCUCCUCGUCGCUGUAGUUCUGUAUAAAGCUGUGUUGUAAAGCUGCAGUUUGUAAGAUGGAUAAUGAGAAUUAUUUACCGGAAUUGAUGGCGGAGAAGGAGUCUCUGGAUCCGAGCUUUCAGCACUCCGUCCGGCUCCUGGACCAAGAGAUCGAAAAGGUCCAGAAAGGAGAUGAGAAGGAGGACGAGAAGUUCAUCGACGUGGUCAUCAACAAGAACAUGAAACUGACUCAGAAAGUCCUGAUUCCCGUCAAACAGUUCCCCAAAUUUAAUUUUGUAGGAAAGCUGCUGGGUCCCAGAGGAAACUCACUGAAGAGACUACAGGAGGACACGCUCACCAAGAUGUCCAUCCUCGGCAAGGGCUCCAUGAGGGACAAAGAGAAGGAGGAGGAGUUAAGGAAGAGCGGCGAGGCCAAAUACAACCACCUGAAUGAAGAUCUGCACGUGCUCAUAGAGGUGUUCGCUCCACCUGCUGAGGCGUAUGUCCGCAUGGGCCACGCCCUCGAAGAGAUCAAGAAGUUCCUCAUUCCGGAUUAUAAUGAUGAGAUUAGACAGGCUCAGCUGCAGGAGUUGACAUUUCUGAAUGGCGGAUCAGAGGAUGCCAAGGUGCCCGCAGUGAGAGGAAAAUCCAGCUCCAGGGCCCGGGGUACACCUGCACCCAUCUCACACAGGACCAGAGGGGGCGUUCCUCCUCCGCAGGCCGUGGUCCCUCGAGGCGCGGCACCCAGAGGAGCUCCGCCCAGCCGGCUACCGUCCAAUAGGGGAAGAGCGCAGAGAGGACGUGGAGCUCCGCCCACCGUGGGAUACCGACCGCCUCCGCCUGUUGUGCAGGACCAGUAUGAAGAAUAUGAAUACGACGACGGCUACGGAACAACCUACGACGAUCAAGGCUACGACAACAGUUCAGAUGACUAUUAUGAAUACGGCCAUGGAGAAUCCUACGAAUCGUACGGCCAGGAAAAAUGGACGAACGGUCGCAACAAGGCUCCACCAGCGAGGACAACCAAAGGAGUGUACAGAGAGCAGCCAUAUUCCCGAUACUGAACUCUAAAGUCAGCCAUCCCGCCACCCGAAUAUUUCCAAGUAAUGGAUUUUCUAUGGACUCCCCCCGUUCCUUUUUUCAAAAUAAAAUCAAGCAAAAAAUCUGAAAAACAAAGCAUAACGGUGAGGAUGGGGGUGAUGGGAUCAGGGGUUUCCGGGGACGUCGGGUUUGAGCUGGUAGAUACCGGGCAUUGCAUGGACGUCGGGUAAUUAAACCUCUAUCAUCAAUAACUAUUUGUAAAGUAGUCGACCAAUCAGAACACUUCUACAGCGCUACAGUGGGACGUUCGGGGGUGGGUGAUAGUACGUAGAUGAUGGUGUAAACUUCAGGUGUUAAUAUUUAGAUUUAGCCAGGUACAUUUCUAUUAACACCUCUUUUUUGAUGAGUGAUCAGCGUCAGUGUGUCCCUUGUAUAUUCUGCCUUUAUUGAAAAACGUAUCCAAAUAAACAAAAC